AUGCCCCUCCUCGCCCGCUUCCCCACCUUGCUCUCUUCCCCUCCUCGUCCUUUUUCUUCGCUCGCCUCCUCCCUCCUCCGUUCUUCCUCCUCGUCUUCGUCGUCUCCCCUACGCUCUCUCUACGUCUCCAACCAGUCCUUCUCAAACGCCCGUCUCCGUGCUUUCCACGCUUCCGCCGCAGCCAUGACAAGAACUUUCUUCGAGGUCGAGUACGCCGACCCGGCCCAGCCUACCAAGUCUACCGUUGGCCGAAUUGAGUUUGAACUCUUUAGCGAUGUCGUUCCCAAGACCGCCGAGAACUUCCGUGCCCUCUGCACUGGCGAGAAGGGCUUUGGCUACAAGGACUCCAUCUUCCACCGUGUCAUCCCUGAUUUCAUGCUCCAGGGUGGUGACUUCACCCGUGGCAACGGCACUGGUGGCAAGUCGAUCUACGGCGAGAAGUUCGCUGAUGAGAACUUCAAAUGCACCCACGAAGGCCCUGGUAUCCUUUCCAUGGCCAAUGCUGGGCCCAACACCAACGGCUCCCAAUUCUUCAUCACCACCGCGAAGACCAGCUGGCUUGAUGGCAAGCACGUCGUCUUCGGCAAGGUCGUAGACUGCCCGUCGACAAGACUUGGCCCCAACCAGAAGCAGUCCAUGGAUGUUGUUCGCGACAUUGAGAGCGCUGGCAGCACCUCCGGAGCCAUCAAAACAUCCAUCAAGCCCAAGAUUGUCAACUGUGGUCAGGUUUAA